GCCUCUUCCCGCCGGAUGACUCGCCUCUACCAGUCUCGUCUCGUGUCUGCUUUGUUAAGUUCCAUGAUCCGGACUCGGCAGUUGUAGCACAGCACCUGACAAACACUGUGUUCGUUGACAGAGCUCUGAUAGUCGUACCGUAUGCCGAAGGUUUGUGCUUUGUUUACUACCUCUGGGCACCCUCGGGUGACCGCCUACCAAAGGGUAGCUGCAGAGUGAGAGUUAGCAGUGUGAUGAAACUCAGCACGUAACGUUUUGAAACCCUUGUUAUACUGCAGUCCAUGAUACUUAUGUAACUUUAAUCAUUAGAAAUCAGGUCUGCUUUUUAUAAGAUACUGAACCCUUUGCUUCCUUUAAUACAUUUUUUAAGUUCAUGAAAUCCGUGUCCCUACUUGUAACUCUGAGGUCUGUCUACUUAGUUUUGUGAAAAGUCCCAAAGGUAAAAUGAUUCACUCCAUGGCACUUAACAGAGACCUUCAAAUGCAUGAUGUUACUUAAGUAAAUGCCCAGGUUGUAUUUCUAUAAUGCUUCCUCACAUUGAUAACUUGGGGAAAAAAAAUCCCACAUUAAAUUCCAGUAUACCAAGGGUUGCAGUGAUUUUAAAUUUUGUGAAAAUGCAAGAUUUCCUAUAGUUUAGGUGCCAGAUGGGCACUGGGUGUUGUGUUUUUAUGCCAGAUUUUUUUGUUCAUUCUUGUUAUAUUUUCUAGAAUAUCUCUCAAUAAUAAAUUCUUCUCUCUGUUAUUUGUGUGUGUGAUUUUUGUAGUGGAGAAGGCAAAUGCAAAACUCUUCCAGAUGACUGAAAAACAGUGGGUUCUCUGCAGCUACAGGGGAUUCUAGACAUUAACUAAAGGCCAGCAAGCACUCCAGUGCCCAAGUGUUCCCUGGUGUGACCAUUCGUUAACGACAUUUUCUCUCUUUUUACAUUUUAGGCUGUUAAAGUAAUUUGACAGAAAAAAAUUGAGCAGGUUUUUUGGAUCUAAAAAAAGCCACUGUGACAAGACAACACUAUUUAAUACCAUUUUGUAAAAUUUUCUGAGGCAUAUUUUAUAAUUUGAUUGUUCCCAGUAUACUGCUACUUGAUUUGCUUUUUGGUAACUAUAAAUUUUGAUUGAAAAGUCAUUAACAUAAUAAAAUGAGUGGGUUUUAAGUUAAUAUUUUAUGAAAUACACUGACCAGGAUUUACAUGCAUUACCUUUCCUUUAAUAAACUGGUCAGGAGAAAGAAAACCUUGUUAUUGUUUACUUUAGUUGCUAUCUUGGAGCUUUGAAUACAGUGUGAACAUUGACAUCUAUCUUGUAAAGUUGUGAACUGUCUGAAGUUGGAGAAAUUGCCUUUGGGUUUAAAGAAAUCAAGUUCUGUUCAGAGCGGGGUUCAGGUAUGCUGUAUUGUAACAGUACUUCUAUCUCCAUUAUGUUAACGCAUUUGAGCAUAGUUGUAAGGUUAAGAUAGAUUGACUGUAGUUAUCUUUGGUUAAAAAUUGCUUGUGUGUCAGUGUGUUUGUUGUAGGGUAAGAUUUAACCACCAACAAACAAUUUCUAGGAUUCAAAUUUAGGAUGAGUAACAUAAAUGAUAGGCCUGGAAACACGGGUCAGCUCACGUGAGUAAUGUGCAGACUUUGUAGCCAGCCAUUAAAUUUAAAGAUUUUAUUAGCUAAGUAUUGUAAUUCCCAAGCCUGGAACAUAAUACAGUAUAUCAUCUAACUGGCUCUUUAGCGGUAGCUUUAGACUAUAGUAAUUUUUUAAUACCUAUUUUUCAAAAGUGAGGUUUCGUGGAAUGUGCAUAACAUUACAGAAAUGUUUAGUUGAGAAGUCUAUUUUUGCCGUAUUUGAUUUGUGGUAUGACAUGCUGUAUUAAUGUUCCCUCCAUUAAGUAAAUGUCACCAUGCACUCUGGUUUUAGCAUUUACACUUUUGGGGGUGGCUCUCAGCCAGUACUUUAGAGGCAUAGACACAAAAUUUACGGUAAGAAACAAUCUAAAUUGGUAAAAGUGAUAUACCAGGAUUUGGAAGGAACUCUUAAUAGUAAUGGAUUUGGGGGUUAUUUUAGGUUCCUUGGUUAAUGUUUGUUUCUUUUGUCUGUUUCUUUUUCUUUCAUUUCUACACAUUCAUGCAGUAUUUCAUGGUUCUAUCAAAGCAGCAGUAAAAAAAAUACUCUUGACGCAUGAAAAUUAACUGGUGAGGGGCCUCAUUGCUAUUUUUUAAAUUGUAGUUUUAUUUUUAAAUAGUCUUUUUAAUCGGAGGAUCAGAUGCAUGAUUUUUUUUUUAAUGGAUGCAGAUCUUCUAUCAGGUGUUUCAGUAAAUUCAAGAGGAUUUAGUUUGCCAGAAAUGUUGCAAAUGCACUAAUUUGAGUAAGAUGCUGAUACUUAAUAUAUCCUCUUGAGACAUAAUUUUGCAUGCAAAAUUACCCCUUAAUCUGUAGGUUUGUUAAUAUUGAUGCAUUAAUGCCCUAUAUUUAAAUGAUCUUCUCCCCUUCCCUUCCAUAACUCUUGGUAUCUAAAUUGAUGACAGCUCUGGCACAAGCAAGAUAACAGUGCUGUGUAGUAUACAUUUGUUUUAUAUUAUCGGCACUUCUCAGUGUAGGAGGAAGGAACCAUUACCUUUAUUUAACAGUGGUUUUUCUUUUUUGUUGUUGUGUUUUACAGUUCUUUUCCCUGGUUCAGCCUGAACUAUAUACCAGGCCCUGCUGAAAAUACCACCCAACAGUUUUCUUCUGCAGCUUAUCCAGUUUCUCUUAAGUGCCCUGUACAUAUUGUAUGUUUUAUGAUGAGAUGCAGUUUCUUAAUAUGUAUUACAGAAAUACUACUGGUAUUUGCAAAUAUGUAGUUUAAUUGUAUUAUUGAACUCUCAUUUUGGGGGCUUGGGCACAUUAACAGAUUAAUCCAUCUGUAUAGGGCUUUUGCUGUUGGAUAGAAUUGAAAUUGUCUACGUAAAUAUUUGUAUUAGGACCCUUAGAUUUUAUCUGAAUACACGAAUUAGGCCUUAAAAACAGACAUACAUGUCGCUUUGGGCUUAAGGAGUUCAGUACAGUUAGUUUCAAACUGACACUGUAUAGUCUUUUUGGUACAAGUAGCAUGGCACAUGUUGGAACAUAAAAGCCUUUAACUGUACAGGUAAGGAAUGUGCCAUGUUGUUUUACCUAUUUUUGCUUUCUCUCUCUAUCUCUCUCACUUCCACACACAUACCGUGUGUAUUCAGAGGUCUUCAGAAACAUUCAUAUUCAUUUUCAUGAGUCAGCAAAAGCCCUACGCUCGAUUCCAACAGAGUAUUUCCUUACAUACUUUUCUUCUCUUAAAUUUUACAAAGUUUGUAUGGUAGGUGUAAAAGUCAUAGUAACUGUACCAUUAUUAACCCCUAAAUCAAACUUUUUUUGUCUUGUGUAUCUUGAUUUUUCUGUGUGCUUUAUAGUGAAGCAGCCGACACGAGUCGUUGUUCAUAAAACAGCUUUUGAAAGUUGAGAGCACACCCUGGAGAGCCGACUGUGCUUGCUUACGUUUGGUUCAUGACUUAAAAAUCGAGUACAGGAGUUAUUCCUGACGAGACAAAAGCUCUGUCUCUGCUGGCACCAGCUAACGCAGUGGCAGGUCUUCUGCCUGGUGGUGGACUCCUCCCGACCCCCAACCCACUGACCCAGAUUGGCGCUGUUCCACUGGCGGCUUUGGGAGCUCCCACUCUAGACCCUGCCCUCGCUGCCCUGGGGCUUCCUGGAGCAAACUUGAACUCACAGUCUCUUGCCGCAGAUCAGUUGCUGAAGCUUAUGAGUACCGUCGAUCCCAAGUUGAAUCAUGUAGCCGCUGGGCUUGUUUCACCAAGUCUGAAAUCAGAUACCUCUAGUAAAGAAAUAGAGGAAGCUAUGAAGAGAGUACGAGAAGCACAGUCCCUGAUAUCUGCUGCUAUUGAACCAGAUAAGAAAGAAGAAAAGAGAAGGCAUUCAAGAUCAAGAUCGCGCUCUAGGAGGAGGAGGACACCCUCAUCUUCCAGACACAGGCGAUCAAGAAGCCGGUCAAGGAGGCGAUCACAUUCUAAGUCAAGGAGUAGACGACGGUCAAAAAGUCCCAGACGGAGGAGAUCCCAUUCCAGAGAGAGAGGUCGGAGGUCAAGGAGCACAUCGAAGACCAGAGAUAAAAAGAAAGAAGACAAAGAGAAGAAACGCUCCAAAACACCACCAAAAAGCUACAGCACAGCCAGACGGUCCAGAAGUGCAAGCAGUUUGCACGUCUGUAAUUCCAGAGAGAGACGACGACGGAGAAGCAGGAGUGGAACGAGAUCCCCCAAAAAGCCUCGGUCACCCAAGAGGAAAAUGUCACACUCCCCGUCCCCCAGAAGACAUAAAAAGGAGAAGAAGAAAGACAGAGACAAAGAGCGAAGCAGAGAUGAGAGGGAGCGCUCGACAAGCAAAAAGAAAAAGAGUAAAGAGAAGGAGAAGGAGCGGGAGAGAAAAUCAGAGAGUGACAAGGAUGUGAAACAGGUCACACGGGACUACGACGAGGAGGAGCAGGGCUACGACAGCGAGAAGGAGAAGAAGGAGGAAAAGAAGCCCGUGGAGGCAGGGUCCCCCAAGACUAAGGAGUGCGCCGUGGAGAAGUCUGCGGGUGACGUGCUGCGUGAGUCCAAGGUGAACGGGGAUGACCACCACGAGGAGGACAUGGACAUGAGUGACUGAGCCGAGCCCCGCCUUGGGAACGGGGAGGGCGCUCCCGGCGGGACAUUGGGUGUGUGCAUCCUGAGCUCUUGGAGUGGCGCUGGGACAGCUCCCUUCACGGCGAGGUCUGCAGAGCAGCAGAGUGACACUGCAUGCGUCCUCAGCAGGCACGGGUCGUCUGCAGCGUCACGCACGCCCCUUCCUCAGUACGUUCACUUUAGUCUCUAGGACUUGGUCGUUGCCGUAAUAGAGCCAUGUAGGAAUGCACUGAUUGCAUGUAAUUGUGGCAAGAACCCCCAUGUUGUCAAGGUCCUCCCCGGGACGAUCUCCUUUGGUCUUGUUUGUGGACGUGACGAAGUAACACUCUUAGAGGUACAUCUGGAAACAGCAUUUGAGAUAGAUAACCCUUCCAGCCUUGUGGCUCGAGUUUUGUGGCUUUUGUUUAACUCUGAAAGGUUAAGUAUGCACUAACCUUUUUUGAUGGCUAAUUAGGCUUCAAUUGCAGAAACGAUUUCACAUAAAAUUCUUUGGCAGUGAGUAAAUUAGCAACAUUUUGAGAUAGAAUUGUAUACGUUUUCAUAGGUGUUUGGGAAUUUUUUUUCCCAAAGUAAUUUAUUCCACCUCUACAUCAGUGAGAACUGUCCGCCUCUCCCGGGUUCACCUGUAAAAGAAACUUAAAUCUCUUGUCCCGAUUUUCAAUUUUUCACUUUUGUUGUUUUAAACUCAGUGUUGGAAAAAAGGGGCUAGUGCAUUUUAAAUGGAUCGUCACAUACUUUUAAAACAAAUCUACUUGAUAAUGUACUUUUAUUUGAUCUCCAGUUGUAUAAAACCAAUAAAUUUGUGUUCUUAUUACUGCAGUAGUAACCUUAACGCACACAGUGAUUAUCUGCAAAGUAGUUAGGCAGCCGUUUCUUAGUUCCAGGAGUUCCAGGCUUUACUUUUGUGCAGUAAAAACAAAAGUAGGCUACAGUCUGUGCCAUGUUGAUGUACAGUUUCUGAAGUUGUUUUACAAGACUUUGAUAAUAAAACCCUCAAACUUA